AUGAAGAGGACUCGUAGAGGUACUACUGAGGCUUCAUUAACCCGACCUAAUAGACAGCGUCCCACGGCCUCAACGAGGAGACAGAGAGCGGCUCCUCAAGAUCACUUUGAGGAUACUACAGAGGUUGAAGAUGUAGUUCCUACUCAUGAUAGUAAUGCUGAUGCAGAGGUUGAAGAUGUAGCUGCUACUCAGGAUAGUAAUGUUGAGGUACGUGAGCCCCUUAGGUGUUCUUAUCGAAAUGCUGAUAAGAUUGUGGUAUCUACAUUUGUUGAGAGGUGGCAUCCCGAAACGAACACCUUUCACAUGCCUUUUGGUGAGAUGGCCAUCACAUUGUCAUCAUGGUUGAGACCUUGCCAAGUUUAUCAAGUAGUUGAGACCUUGCAACAGAUUUUAGAGGGUACAAACAUACGGUCUACCAUGACAUAUCAACGUCAUCAUGGUUAA